AUGUCUGACGACGGAACCAUGACUGAAGACUCUCCACUCAAAACAUGGGUUCGGAUCUUUGACCAAAUCGGAGAAAAGAUUGGCAACCCGUUCUUCUGGGACCCGGUCGAGGCAUUCCAGGAGGCUGGUUUGCAAAACAUAAGCGAGCGAAAGGUCAAGGUGCCCAUUGGUACUUGGCCUAAGAACAAGGAUCUCAAGCAGUGGGGCGCCUGGAACCGACAAUUCCUGAUGCAAGGACUGGAAGGGUUUUCUAUUCGCGGUUUGACAGAGCUUCUGGGGUGGGAAUACGAAAAGGCGCAAGUCUUUCUUGUCGAUAUGCGUAAGGAGUUGUUGAACCCAAGCCUCCAUUCAUACGUCUUAGUAACUGCUGUUUGGGGUCAAAAGCCUUUAGAAUAG